GAGAGCUAAGGAAGCAAGGGCGGUCGAGGACCGCAUGCGCGGCGAUGUUUCCUGCUGUACGAGAUAUUGGCUGGGCUCGCCCUGCCGGAACGCGCCAAAUGGGCUAAUACUACGUGGAGAGAGGGGCCAUUAAUUAACGUUUUUGUAAAAAUAUAUUUCCGAGGGGAUCGGAGUGACGGAAACCAGGAAAGAAUGAGCAGUACAGAUCUAUCUGGGCUAUCAAAUUGAAAAUACUUUCUCUACAUCAAAUGCUGUGUAGACAUAAACAGAUUAUUGUGGGUACAUAAUCUGUUGGAUCAUGUACAUUAUUUCACUCUAUCUUAACUGUUGAAAACAAUGGCGACCUUUCAUCUGUGGAAAUUAUCUUCACAAAAACUAGGGUUCUUUUUGGUGGCAUUUGGAUUCAUAUGGGGAAUGAUGCUCCUGCACUUUACAAUUCAGCAACAGACGCAACAUGAAAGUAGUGCUGUGCUUCGUGAGCAGAUUCUGGACCUUAGUAAGCGAUAUAUCAAAGCAUUGGCAGAAGAAAACCAAAAUGUAGCAGAUGGACCGUACGUUGGCACAAUGACUGCAUAUGAUUUGAAAAAGACAUUAGCUGUCCUCCUUGACAACAUUUUGCAGCGACUUGGAAAACUGGAGUCCAAAGUGGACAACUUGAUGAUUUCAAAUGGAACAGGAAUAAACUCUACAAAUGCUACUGCUACAGUAAUCCCCAGCUCCAGCACUGCAGAGAAAGUUAAUGUAGCGGAUCUGAUCAAUGGUGCCCAGGAGCAGUGUGAAUUGCCUCCUAUGGAUGGCUUCCCUCAUUGUGAGAGCAAGUUGAAGUGGAUGAAAACGAUGUGGCGAUCAGAUCCCUGCUAUGCCAGCUACGGUGUGGAUGGAUCCGUAUGCUCAUUUUUUAUUUACCUCAGUGAGGUUGAAAACUGGUGUCCUCUUCUACCAUGGAGAGCGAAGGGUGAUCGGGAAGAUACUGAUCAACAGACUGUGGCUGAAAUUCGAACUGAUUUUAAUUAUCUCUUUAAAAUCAUGUCGGCUCAUGAUGAAUUUCGAUGGAUGCGGUUGAGGAUAAAUCGAAUGGCAAGUGCUUGGAUUGAGGCGGUAAAAUCACUUGCAGAGAAACAAAAUCUGGAAAACAACCGUAAAAAGAUUCUUAUUCAUCUUGGACUUUUAACAAAGGAAUCGGGAUUUAAAAUAGCGGAGAAUGCUUUCAGUGGUGGCCCUCUUGGUGAAUUAGUGCAGUGGAGCGAUUUGAUUACAACUCUUUACCUGUUGGGCCAUGAUAUUCGGAUUUCUGCUUCAUUGGCUGAACUAAAAGAGAUAAUGAAGAAAGUGAUGGGUAACAGAUCGGGUUGCCCAACUCGUGGUGAUAAGAUAGUAGAGCUAAUUUAUAUCGACAUUGUUGGAUUAACACAAUUUAAGAAGACACUUGGGCCAUCUUGGGUUCAUUAUCAAUGCAUGCUUAGAGUGCUGGAUUCCUUCGGCACAGAGCCAGAGUUUAACAGUGCUCAAUAUGCUCAGUCUAAGGGUCACAAGACACCAUGGGGUAAAUGGAACCUUAACCCACAACAGUUCUACACCAUGUUUCCUCAUACACCAGACAACAGUUUCCUCGGAUUUGUGGUUGAACAACAUCUCAAUGCCAGUGAGAUCAGUCAUCCAGAUGAUAUUAAGCGACAGAAUCAGUCCUUGGUGUAUGGCAAAGUAGAUCACUUUUGGAAGGAUAAAAGAUCUUACUUGGAUAUAAUUCACACAUACACGGAAGUCCAUGGCACAGUUCACGGAAGUAGCACAGUCCACAUUCCUAAUUACGUGAAAAACCAUGGAAUACUCAGUGGGCAUGACCUUCAACUUCUUCUACGAGAAACUAAGUUAUUUGUUGGUCUUGGUUUUCCAUAUGAAGGGCCAGCUCCUUUGGAAGCCAUUGCAAAUGGAUGUGCAUUCCUAAAUCCACGCUUCAAUCCACCUAAAAGCAGUAAAAACACUGAAUUUUUCAAAGGAAAGCCAACUCUGAGAGAGUUGACUUCACAACAUCCAUAUGCGGAAGUAUAUAUUGGGAGACCUCACGUGUGGACUGUUAACAUUGAUGACCCUGUAGAGGUUGAGCAAGCCGUGAGGACUAUUCUUAACCAGAAGAUUGAGCCAUAUUUGCCCUACGAAUUUAACUGUGAAGGAAUGUUGCAGAGAGUCAGUGCUUUUAUUGAAAAUCAGGAUUUUUGCCAUGGUCAAGUGAUGUGGCCUCCUUUGAGUGCACUCCAAGUUAAAAUUGCACCUCCCAAGCAGUCCUGUAAGCAGGUCUGUCAAGAGAAUAAGCUCAUUUGUGAACCGUCAUUUUUUCAACAUCUGAAUAAAGACAGCGACUUGCAGAAAUAUGGAAUUGAAUGCCAGUCAUUUGAAUCUCUAGGUGACAUUGUUGUGCCUGCUUAUGACGAAAAGAAAAAGCACUGUUUUUUCCAGAGUGAUUUGUUGCUUUUCAGCUGUGCUGGUGCAAAUGAGAAUUUUAAAAGGAUCUGUCCGUGCAGAGACUACAAGAAGGGACAGGUUGCGUUAUGUCAAGAAUGCUUAUAGCACUGGUUCACCCCGACACUGUAGUUUGAGCAAAAACAAAACAGGCUUCAUAAGGGCCAGACGUUGUUCAUUUUUGAAAGAGCCCUUUGAAAAGGAUACUAGGGGAAAAUGUUUGAAUCAAGAGCACUAGUUCACUUGAAAAGAAUAGAUGUUCAUCUGGGCUAGGUCAGUGUUAAUCAUGAAAACAGAUCUACCCAAUGGAAAGAGUAAUGUUUUUAAGUUUCACAUUUAUAAAAGUCAUUUUUGAUGAGGAGGGUGUAUAGAUGUAAAUGAAAGAUGUACUACUAAAUAUUCUAAAUUCAGAAAAUAAUGUUAUCAAAUAUGAAAAGUUUUGGUCAGCUAGAUAAACUGUAAAUAAUGGUGGACAAUUAAGCGUGUUGUAAGGGGCUGCUUAGUAAAUUUCGGUUUACUUUUAAUUCAGGUGAAAUGAACAAAAUCCCAACAGAAUGGCUUAAUAUCAGUUUAGAAGUAAUCCAGUAGUGGUUCAGUAUAAUCAUAGCAGACAAAAGAAACCUGAUGGUCAUUAUUUCAAAUGUAAUUGCCUCUCUUAGUCAUGGACACUGUAGUCAGUUAUGUAAAGGACCAUAUGUUGAUAUUGCUAACAGUAAUAACUUUAAGAUAUAGAAUGUUACUUGUUUUAAAUCAUGCUCUAAGCACUUGUAUGAUUUUUAAACAAAACUGAACUACUGGAAGAGCUGGAGAGAAUUCAGAAAGCUUUGUUAUAUGGUAAUUAUUACUUUUAGCUUUAUUAUUCAUCAUUUACGAUGCUAGCAGCUUUUUGAAGCAACUGAUCCAAAGUGUCAACUGAUCUUAAACAGAUGUAUUUAAGGCCACAAAUAAGUUGGCUAAAUGGGCAUUUUAAGUAGUAACCUGCUGUUUGAGAAAUGGUUUCUAUUGUAAAUUGUACAUAAACAGCCUGAUGUAAAAUGUUUUUUUAAGCUCCUAUAAUCAUAUGUUUACCAUAAGAAAUGAAGUAGAAUUUCAUAUAUUUGCACUUUCUUUUCAGGCUCAGGUGUAUAUACACACAUUAUACGCAGUGCAUUGAAGCAUUUUCAUCACACAAACAAAUGGUCUCGUCAACUGAUUUUUUUGGGGGUGUAUUACAAAUCUUUAAUGCAAUCACAAUCAUUUCUCUAUAAAUUUAUUUAAUUAAAUCAAAAUGUUUGAUCAAAUGAUCCGGUCAUAUUUAAUCCAUCAAAGUGACAGAGAAAAUUAAAGCUGAAAUUUUAAUGCACAGCUAAAAUCUGUCUUUCUUUUCAGUUGGAAGUAGUGAUAGUGGUUGGAAAUCAUUGUCGACUAUCAGAGCUCGCAACUGGCUACCGGUUCAUACAAGUUAUAUUGUAAACUAUUUAAAAUAUCAGCCCAUGAAAAGAUGGGAUGAACCUUUGAGAACAUCUGACAUACAAUUUGUAUAUUUUCAUUUUUACUUAAUUCAACACAGAUGGCAGUACCCCUACAUAUUAACACAAAUCAGAAUGAUGUAUAAUGUUUGAUCAAGGUGAGAAUACAGGAAUGAUCAAAAAUAAGUGUGGCUUUUGAAAAAUAAAAAAAAUCAGUGACGUACAGUUAAUCUACAGCAGCUAAGCCUCAUAACAGCAGAUUUAUCCAAACAAGUUUGCACACUUGUACAUAGAAAAAUAUUUUUUUUUAGGUACUCUAACUUGCUUUCUUUGCUUUGUGUUGUAAAUAUUAACUGUUUCUGUGGCUGUGAUGCCAUGUAAUGUAUAUCAUGUGCCUUUAAGGGUAAUAAAGUUGCUUUAACUUGUAAUAAAAAUAUUAUACUUAAUGGCAGUCAUAAAUUAGAUUGUGCAUAGUGUUGUUAAGCUCUAAAAAUAAUUUUCCUGUAUAUUUUGGCAAAUGGCAUAUAUUGAAAUGAGGUGUGCUUUGAAAGCUAAAUUUGCAAGCAUAGAAAUUGUUUCCAGUUUUGAUCAGCAGGAAAAAAAGACUUUAUUUUUCAAUAAAUCUUUUCUGUGAAGAGAAUUUCAUCCACUGAUGUGUACACUGUAAUUUGUAAAUGUACAGAAUACAUUUUUGAAAGAACUUGUAAGAUUAACAACUCAAACUCCAAGCACAGUUCAUGAACACGUAUGUACUGUGCUCAAUAGAUUCUAUUUAACUGCAGCAUAUUACAACAGUUUCCAUUAAAAUAAUAAGCUGAGGAUUCAGCAAAGUGCAGACAAAAUUAAACUCAAAUUAUUGUACUCACAAUAUGCAUUUAUUUACACUAAAUAAAUACCUAAUCUGGUCUUCCCUGAGGUUCAAUAAACCCUCCAAGGCUGUGAUAAUUCUAAUGUGAAAAUUAACAACUGUGGAUUUCAAGAUCAUUCCAGAAUGCUAUAAACACCUUAGAAUUUUAAAAUACAAGAACAAAGUUAGCUAUUGCCUGCUUUCACCUAACUGAAAUCUUCAUCAAAGUUUCUUCCAGACUAAACAAUGAGAACAAAAUGUUACUGUGCACACAACCCUGCCUUUGAUUUAUAUUUUACCAAAAUCAAAAGUUUUAAUGUUAGAUUUUUUUUCCUCCACUGAGCAUUACCCCAGAAUGUAUAUAAGUGACAACUUUGAAGUUGUGCUUUAAUUGGUGCCACUUUUUAGAUUUCAUUCCCUACCUCGAAAACCUGUCAUUUAAAAACUACUUAAAUAAACAUCUAGCCAUGCAACUUAGUGUUUUUCCUUGGCUCAAAAUCAUUUUGUGUUGUUUAAGUUGAUCUGGGACAUCUGCCAUUAAAAUGUCAUUGAUUUGUUCUACUAUAGCAAAAAAGUUAUAUUCAUUUUAUUGAAGCAACGCCUGCCUAUUACUUUGGUUCAUCCUCGCAGUUGUAAAGAAUUUAAAAUUUUGUUUAAUUUUUGGAUAGAGUUUAGUGGCCUAAUUUAGAUUUCAAGACUGACUCAAAUUCCAUUUGCAUUAUUUAAAAACUUAUUUCUGAGUUCCCUUGGGAAAAAGACAGUUAAUUUCAGCUAUUUUAAUUAUUUUUGGAUACUUAAAUGAUAGAAAAUAUCUUAAAGAAUGUUACAAAAACUAGUAUUUUAAAGUUUGAUUUCAAUAGAAAUGACCCAUGUUGUUUGUUAUGCCCAGGAGAUUUAUUUUCCUAGGGCCUGGUCAUUGUUCCUCUGAGUUAAAAAAAAAAUUAGGUUUUAUUUCAUCAUAAAUAUAAUGGUGCUCUAAAUUAUUGAGAAGGUAUUCUGUCUAAUAUUGGCUUGGGUCUAUUCUUUAACUUGUCGCUUAAUCUUUUCACAAUUAAAAUCAAAUAUUUUGGCUGUCAAUUGUUAAUUGAUCUCUUAUCAGCAGAGGUGAUAGUUUAAAAGGAACAAACUUACCAUCUGAAAAGCAAUACCAGAGUUUAAAUUCUUACAACUAUAUAAACCCUAUUUAUCCCCAUGCCAGGCAUAUUAUUCAGUAUAAUUGUGAAAUGAUUGACAGAUAACUGCUCCAUUUUGUUAAUCUUAUUGGUAAAAAAUAAAUAUUUUUCAUGAUGUUCUUCCUUGGUUACCAAUUUGAUUGAGGUAGUUUUGUCCACCCUUCAACCCUCGGAAAAACUAGUUAAUUCUUUUUGAUUUCAAACUAGCACUUCUGCUAUAAGAAAUCAACAACUAAAAAAUGACAAUUUUAAGUAGUGGAGAUGAUAUUAUAUUUUCUUAUACAAGUAAACAUUAAGAGUUUGAAAUAUUUUACACAAGCAAGUAAUGGAAUUAAGGAUAACUGCAUGUCGUAAAGGAAAAAAUAGACAUUUUAGAAGUGUGAAGCACUUGAUUCUCAAAUAGGAAUUUAUAGCUUUGUCCAAUCAAAGAACUAGCAGAUACGAUGAUACCUUUAAACUUCUGAUUUUGAUAAGAAUCCCAUGUUAUAGUUCCCAUUAUAGAUUAAUUCCCAUUGGAAGGUUUUGAACGGUUUAUUCUAAAUUGGCCAACAUCUUAAGGCCACCAGAUAGCUUAAUGCCACUAGAAAGUAUAACUAAGAAUGAUAAUGAAUUGACUAAGCAAGCAGAAUCUAGUCCUUCUACCUAAUUAUUGUAGGAAAUGAGGUUUUUGCUAUUUUAUACCAAUACCAUCUGCUGCUCUUAAAUUUGAAUGAUUGGAGAACUUCCACGUUUUCCAAAAGGUCGCAUGUAACUGGCUGCAAGAUGUUUACAUGCUCUGACAGUUGAAGUUUCUUUAUUCUGCUAUACAUCCCCAAAUCUGGUAUCAACUGAGAAAUCAGUGAAAUCAUUACUCAAUAUAUUAGGUUCUCUAAACAAAAUCACAAAAUACAGGCUUAAUUAAAUUGUCUAGUUAACAAGAUUAAAAACCGUUCUGGUUUAUGGAAGAAAUGUCAGAGUAAAAACAAAUAACUUUGUAGCCUCAUCCAAUAAGUCAUGAGUCAUGGAAUCAAAGGAAACAUGAAGGCAGAGGUGCUAUUAAAUGGACACCAUUCUGCCCUGAGCUUGGUGACCAGUAGUGUUCCAUUGGGAUCUGUUCUGAACCCCUGGAUUUUGUCAUUUUUAUAAAUAACUUGAAUGAAGAAGUGGAGGGGUGGGUUAGUAACCAUAUAACAAUUUCAGCACAGAAACAGGCCAUCUCGGCCCUUCUAGUCCAUGCCGAACUCUUACUCUCACCUAGUCCCACCAACCUGCACUCAACCCAUAACCCUCCGUUCCCUUCCUGUGCCUAUAGCUGUCCAAUUUAACUUUAAACGACAACAUCAAACCUGCCUCAACAACUUCUGCGGGAAGCUCGUUCUCUGAGUAAAGAAGUUCCCCCUCAUGUUACCCCUAAACUUUUGCCCUUUAACUCUCAACUCAUGUCCUCUUGUUUGAAUCUCCCCCACUCUCAAUGGAAAAAGCCUAUCCAUGUCAACUCUAUCAAUCCCCUUCAUAAUUUUAAAUACCUCUAUCAAGUCCCCCCUCAACCUUCUACGUUUCAAAGAAUAAAGACCCAACUUGUUCAACCUUUCUCUGUAACUUGCGUGAUGAAACUCGGGUAACAUUCUAGUAAAUCUUCUCUGUACUCUCUCUAUUUUGUUGACCUCUUUUCUAUAAUUUGGUGACCAAAACUGUACACCAUACUCCAAAUUUGGCCUCACCAAUGCCUUGUACAGUUUCAACAUUGCAUCCCAACUCCUAUACUCAAUGCUCUGAUUUAUAAAGGCCAGCAUACCAAAAGCUUUCUUCACCACCCUAUCCACAUGGGAUUCCACCUUCAGGGAACUAUGCACCACUUUUAUCCACUUUUAUAUUCCUUAAAAGUUCCAGUACUACUUCUAUAAUCAUCAUAGUUUCCAUAACUUCCCUACCGGUUUCCCUCAUCUUACACAAUUCAAUAUCCUUCUCCUUAGUGAAUACCGAAGAAAAGAAAUUGUUCAGAGUCUUCCCCAUCUGUUUUGGCUCCACAAAUAGCCAUCCACUCUGAUUCUCUAAGGGACCAAUUUUAUCCCUCACUAUCCUAUUGUUUUUUAUACAACAGUAGAAACCCUUGGGAUUUAUUUUCACCUUACUUGCCAAAGCUACCUCAUGUCUUCUUUUAGCUUUUCUAAUUUCUUUCUUAAGAUUCUUUUUACAUUCUUUAUAUUCCUCGAGCACCUCAUUUACUCCAUGCUGUCUAUAUUUAUUGUAGAUCUCUGUUUUUUUCCAAACCAAGUUUCCAAUAUCCCUUGAAAACUAUGGCUCUCUCAAACUUUUAACCUUUCCUUUCAACCUAACAGGAACAUAAAGAUUCUGUGUUCUCAAAAUUUCACCUUUAAAUGACCUCCAUUUCUCUAUUACAUCCUUCCCAUAAAACAAAUUGUCCCAAUCCACUCCUUCUAAAUCUUUUUGCAUCUCCUCAAAGUUAGCCUUUCUCCAAUCAAAAAUCUCAACCCUGGGUCCAGAUCUAUCCUUCUCUAUAAUUAUAUUAAACUAAUAGCAUUGUGAUCACUGGACCCGAAGUGCUGCCCAACACAAACCUCCGUCACCUGACCUAUCUCAUUCCCUAACAGGAGAUCCAACACUGCCCCUUCUCUCGUUGGUACUUCAAUGUAUUGCUGCAAAAAAACCACCUUGCACACAUUUUACAAACUCCAAACCAUCCAGCCCUUUUACAGAAUGGGCUUCCCAGUCUAUGUGUGGAAAAUUAAAAUCUCCCACAAUCACAACCUUGUGCUUACUACAAAUAUCUACUUUCUCCUUACAAAUUUGCUCCUCCAACUCUCGCUCCCCAUUUGGUGGUCUAUAAUACACACCCAUAAGAGUUACUGCACCUUUCCCAUUCCUCAAUUCCACCCAAAUAGCCUCCCUAGACAAGCCCUCUAAUCUAUCCUGCCAGAGCACCACUGUAAUAUUUUCUCUGACAAGCAAUGCAACCACUCCCCCUCUUGCCCCUCCAAUUCUAUCACACCUGAAACAAUUAAAUCCAGGAAUAUUUAGUUGCCAAUCACACCCCUCCUUAGUAAAUUUGAAAUUGAACCAGAAGGCUGUAAGCCAUAAUGGAAUAUCAACAGGAUACAUAGUUGGUCAGAGACCAGGCAGAUAUAAUUUGAUACAGAAAAGUGUCGAGUGAUACACUUUGUUAGAUUGAACAUGAAGACAGAGUACAAGGAUAAUGGCUGAAAGGUCUGUUUCUGUGCUGUUGACAAUGACAACAGGAUCCAAAGAUCCCUCAACGUUUCCACAUACGUUGAUAUAAUGGUUCAGGAGGUAUGCUGGCCUAUAUUAGUUGAAGGAUUGAGUUGAAGAGCCAUGAAAUAAUGUUACAGUUCCUUAAAGUUCUGGUUAGACCACACUUAUUGUGUUCAUCUCUGGUCACCUCAUAAGGAUGUGGAGGUUUUUAAGAGUGAAAGUGUAUAGAUAACAUGUCUUGUAUGGAAUGGUUAAGUAAAUUAGGGCUUUUCUCUAGAGCAAAAGAGAGUAAAAGGUGACUUGAUAGAGAUGUGUAUGAUUAUGAGAGACAAGACAGAGUGGACAGCCAGAAACUGAUUUCCACCCUCCACCACUCUCCCCCCACCCCCAGCGGAUGGCAAUGGCUAAAAACAGAAGAUAUUUAUUUAAGGUGAGUGGAAGAAAGUUUAGGGAAGAUAGCAGGUAGUUGUUUUUUUUUACAGAGAGUGGUGGGUGCCUGUAUAACACUGGUGGGGAUGGUGGUAGAAGCUGAUACCAUAGAGACAUAUAAAAGAACUGUUAGAUAGGCACAUGGAUGUAAGAAAAACAGGAAGGGUCAGCCUGAUCGUGGGGUAUGUUUCUAUUGGUUGGGUGUAAGGCCCAUACUGUGCUGUUAUAUUCAAUGUUCUAACCUAAUUGGCAGCAAUUACUAAGUGAAAAUUGGAUCUGCUGCAACAUUUUUAGGUAAGUUUAUUACAAAUCUUGUCAAAAGUAAUAUUGAAAACCAAUGAAUAAGGCAAAAGUUUA